AUGUACUGCUCUCAUGACUCAUUUCUCGCUACUUUUGCAUAUUUUAAGCCAUUAAUUAGACGACUUAAUUUUAUAUCUAGACAUUUUCCUGUGUUUUUCAGCCAAUUUUUUUAUAGUUUGGCCAAAGCCAUACGGACUAUUGUCUCAGUCAUGGCCAACCCAGUGCCAAAUCCUGCAGAAUGCGGCAUACAGGUUUUUUGUCGCAUUCGACCGCUUAAUAGCAUGGAAGAGAAAGGGGAGUCGAAGUUUGUACCUAAAUUCCCAUCUGAUUCUCAAGAAGCGAUCUCAGUUGCGGGUAAAGUUUAUGUGUUUGAUAAAGUGUUCAAGCCAACUUCAACCCAGGAAGAUGUAUACAUGGGUGCAGCUUACCAUAUUGUACAGGAUGUUCUCUCUGGAUACAAUGGGACUGGCGUAUUUGGUGAACCAGAGAAGCAAGGCAUUAUACCACGCAUUGUGCAAGAUAUAUUCAAUCACAUUUAUAACAUGGAUGUUGACCUCGAAUUCCAUAUUAAAGUUUCAUAUUUUGAAAUUUACAAUGAAAAGAUUCGUGAUUUGUUAGAUGUAACGAAAAUGAACCUUGCAAUCCACGAAGAUAAAAAUCGAGUACCUUAUGUGAAAGGUGCAACAGAGCGAUUUGUUUCUAGCCCAGAAGAAGUAAUGGCUUGCAUAGAUGAAGGAAAAAAUAAUAGACAUGUGGCUGUUACAAAUAUGAACGAACAUAGUUCAAGGAGCCAUAGUGUGUUUUUGAUACAAGUAAAACAAGAGAAUACAGCCACACAAAAGAAGUUAACUGGGAAAUUAUAUCUUGUUGAUCUAGCUGGAAGUGAAAAAGUAAGCAAGACAGGCGCAGAAGGUACUGUAUUAGAAGAAGCAAAAAAUAUUAAUAAAUCUCUUUCGGCGCUUGGAAAUGUAAUAGCUGCAUUGGCUGAAGGAACGAAAGGACAUGUUCCUUAUCGAGACAGCAAACUGACUAGAAUUUUACAAGAAUCGUUAGGUGGUAAUUCAAGGACGACAAUCGUUAUUUGUUGUUCUCCGGCAUCUGUCAAUGAAGCAGAAACAAAAAGUACUUUAAUGUUCGGACAGCGAGCUAAAACAAUCAAAAAUGUUGUUGUGGUUAAUGAGGAAUUAACAGCUGAAGAAUGGAAACGACGUUAUGAACGUGAGAAGGAUAAGGUGGGCAGAUUGAAACAACAGUUGGUAGCAUUAGAGGGAGAACUGAGUCGUUGGAGAAAAGGAGAGAAGGUUCCUGAAACAGAAUGGGUUAACUUGCUUGAGAGUUCUGCUGCAAAUCUACAACUUCCUCCUGGAAUUGAAUCAUUAUCACCUUCGGUUAGUGAGUCAGUAUUUGGGUCACUGGAUAGGUCAUUAUCAGUAGCGCCAGUGCCAUUAUUAACGUCAGCAAUUGGUGCAAUUACUGAUGCUGAUCGAAAGAAGUAUGAAGAAGAACGAGCUGCAUUAUAUCAACAAUUGGAUGAAAAAGACGAUGAAAUAACACUACAUUCCCAGUUAGCUGAACGCCUCAAGCAGCAAAUGAAUGAGCAGGAGGAAUUGAUUAGGCAAAUCAAGCUUGAUUAUGAGAACGCUCAGGCAGAAGUCAGUCGUAUCCAGAGCGAAAAUGAAGCUUCUAAAGAAGAAUCAAAAGAAGUACUAACUGCUCUUGAGGAGCUUGCUAUGAAUUAUGAUAUGAAAACGCAGGAGGCUGAACAGAGGACGAGAGAAAACGAACAGCUUGGUGAUGAGUUAUCGAGAAGAAAUGUGAAAAUUGUGGAAUUGACUGCGGAGUUAGAAACUUUGCGUGAAAAUUGUGCUGCUCAAAAAAAACGUAUUACCGAUGCGAUGCAAUCAAUGUUAAGAGACUUAUCCGAGGUUGGCAGCAGCUACGCCAAUGCAGCUAAGUUCACUAUGGAAAAUGGAACAGAUAAACCUUAUGAUGAGGAACUAUUUGCUCAUGCUAGAAUCUGCAUAUCGAAAUUGAGUGCCGAUUUUAAGUCGACUUUGCAGGCAAUAAAAAUGUCGAAUUUAGAAUCAGGUUCUGGUGAUGUUACACAAAGAUUAGAGACUACCGAAAGGGAAUUAGCUGACUGUCGAUUAUUACUGCAGCAGAAUGAGGCAAAAAAUAAAUCACUUCAGGAAACAAUCACCAUACAAGAAAAAGUGAAACGCCAACUGGAAGAGCAAGUUGAUAUGUUGAACGAAAAAUUAGCGGCUCCAGGUGGUGCUGCGGUACAGAUAAGUGAUGAAGUGAAAGAACAGCACACGAAGCAAGUUGCUGCACUUCGAGAUGAAGUGGCUGAAAAAAGUCACAAGAUUGAGGAGCUCACUGCAUCAAUACAAGAUUUACGAGUUGCUAAAAAUCAAUUGCAAGCAGACUACGAAAAACUGAAGACAGAUGAACAGGAACGUGAAAGGCGUAUUAAAGAAUUAUCUGGUUUGUCCGAAAAACGCGAGCAAGCGAAAAGUGAUUUGAAAGGAUUGGAAGAAAUAGUUGCUAAAGAGCUGCAGACAUUACACAAUUUGCGGAAGAUGUUUGUUCAAGAUAUUGGGCAAAAAAUAAAACGAGCGCCUACAGGUUUGGAACCGAAUGAAGACGAAUAUAUGUCAUCACCUGCUCAGAAGCAAAAGAUUGCUUUCUUAGAAAAUAAUUUAGAUCAACUUACAAAAGUGCAUAAACAGUUGGUGCGUGACAAUGCCGAUCUUCGUUGUGAGUUGCCGAAAAUGGAAAAACGACUACGGGCUGCUAUGGAUCGUGUUAAAAGUUUGGAAACAGCAUUGAAGGAAACUAAAGAAAAUGCCAUGCGAGAUCGGAAAAAGUAUCAACAUGAGGUUGAAAGGAUCAAAGAAGCUGUGCGUCAAAGAAAUCUCGUUAGAAGAGGUCUUACAGCUCCUCAGAUAGCGAAACCGAUACGUCCAGGACAGCACUAUUCACCAGCAGGCACAACAAUGACAAUGUUGGCGUCAGCUAUGCAAAAUCCCUUGAGAGGAGCUCAAUCGACAACACAAUUCUGA